UCAAUUUUUUUCAUUAUUCGUCAAAUAUUUCCCGUGUUCUUUUGUUUUAGGGUUUGUGUUAGGGUUUUCAAUUUCGAACAUUCAAAAUCGAAAUCGAACGGUGAUUCAUUAUGUUAGGGGAAGUUCAGCUACAACCUCCACCGAUUCAGCAAAACCCUAGCGAUUCCGAUCCUUUACUUGCUCAUCAAGAUGAGGUUGAAGAUGAUGAUUCCCAUGGAAGUGGAAAUUCUAAUGAGAUUAAGGAUCAAGAAGAUAUUGAAGCUGGGUCACUACCUUGUUGUCGAAUUUGCCUCGAAUCCGAUUCUGAUCCAGAGGAUGAGUUGAUAUCUCCAUGCAUGUGCAAAGGAACCCAACAGUUUGUUCAUCGUUCAUGUCUUGAUCACUGGCGCUCAGUGAAGGAAGGAUUUGCCUUUUCACACUGCACCACCUGCAAAGCCCAAUUCCAUCUUAGAGUUGAAACGUAUGAGGACAACUCUUGGCGUAAAAUAAAGUUCAGACUUUUCGUGGCAAGGGAUGUUUUCCUUGUUUUUCUGGCUGUACAAACUGUGAUUGCUGCUAUUGGUGGUUUUGCGUACAUCAUGGACAAAGAUGGGAACUUCAGGAACUCAUUUGAUGAUGGGUGGGAUAGGAUACUGUCAAGGCAUCCUAUACCAUUUUAUUAUUGUAUUGGAGUGGUGGCCUUCUUUGUUCUAAUUGGAUUUUUUGGCCUAAUACUGCAUUGCUCUUCCCUCAAUAGCAAUGACCCCAGAAUGGCUGGUUGUCAAAACUGUUGCUAUGGAUGGGGCAUCUUGGAUUGCUUUCCUGCAUCAAUGGAGGCAUGCUUUGCCCUUGUAGUUGUUUUUGUUGUCAUCUUUGCAAUUCUUGGUGUAGCCUAUGGCUUUCUUGCAUCCACCAUGGCAAUUCAAAGAAUUUGGCAGAGGCAUUACCACAUCCUCACCAAGAGGGAGCUUACAAAGGAAUACAUAGUAGAGGAUCUACAAGGCAGUUAUUUCCCACCCAAGAUAGACCCUGAACAUGAAAGUCGCCUGAAAAUGCUUAAGCUUUUGUGAUUCACGGAACAAAUCUGUAAAAAUGUGCUUUCAAAUUAUUUUCGUAUCAAGUUGUUGCUUUGUGACACGGUUUCAAUCUCUUAUGCUUGGCAACCUGCUAGAGCAUGGAAAUGGUUUAUAUCAUCGUUUCUUUUUUAUAUAUAAUUCUGGGAUCCUCCCAGAUUCUGUAUACUCCAAAUCUGACUGUCAGAAAAAAUGAGGAAAAUAUAAGCAGUUAAUUGUCCAUUCAAUGGACUUACCUUUAUAUUGAUUCA